AUGGCCCCACGUAGCAGGAAGAUGAAUGGGUUUGAUAAAUUUGAGACCGUUUUCGAAAAUGAUGGUAUGUCAUUUCUGAGAAGAUAUUCUUAUGUCGAGAUCAAAAGAAUGACAAACUCAUUCAAAGAAAAGCUCAGCCAAGGAGGCUAUGGCUUUGUGUACAAAGGCAAUCUCCCAAAUGGUCGUCUUGUGGCAGUGAAGAUCCUAAGCAAAUUAAGUGGAGAUGGUGAAGAAUUCAUCAAUGAGGUAAACAGUAUAAGCAGAACUUCUCAUGUCAACAUUGUUCAUUUGCUAGGUUUUUGCUUUCACAAAACUAGAAGGGCUCUUGUCUAUGAGUUUAUGGCCAAUGGAUCUUUGGACAAAUUCAUAAAUGAAGAGAACUACCGCAAGCUAAGUCAUUGCCACCUUGGAUGGGACACCUUGUACCAAAUCUCCCUAGUCAUUGCUCAAGGACUUGAAUACUUGCACCGAGGCUGCAACUCAAGAAUAUUACACUUCGACAUAAAGCCGCACAACAUUCUUCUUGAUGAAAAUGAUCACCCCAAGAUCUCUGAUUUUGGCCUUGCAAAAAUAUGCCAUCAAGACGAGAGCACCAUCUCACUAUUUGGUGCGAGAGGGACUGUGGGGUUUAUUGCUCCAGAAGUGUUUUGCAGGAAUUUUGGUGGAAUAUCUCACAAAUCGGAUGUGUAUAGCUUUGGGAUGACGGUGCUCGAGAUGGUUGGCGGGAGGAAAAACAUAGUGGCAGGUGCUAAUCAAACUAGCGAAGUGUACUUCCCGCACUGGAUUCACAAGCGUCUUGAACUUCAAGAAGAGCUUGGACUGCAGAAUAUUCUGAAUGAAGGAGACAACGAGAAGGCUAGGAAUAUGAUAAUAGUGAGCUUGUGGUGCAUACAAACCAAUCCUUCAAAUAGGCCGGCGAUGAGUGAGGUGGUGGAUAAGUUAAGAGGUGGCAUUGCUUGUUUGCAAGUUCCUCCCAAGCCCUAUUUGUCUUCUCCGUCAAGAUCAUCACCAACCACUUCAAUGUCCAUGAUUGUGUGA